AUGAGCUACCAACCGGAAGACCCCUCAGCGGGAGCCGAAAUUAAUGAGAUUGCACUUGGGCGCGCACGUCCACGCCGGCAUGAUGAUGAAGAUGAAGGCUCUGAUGCCUUCGAAGAUGACGACAUAGAAAGCACAGUCGGCGCACCCACAAACGGGAAUCAGAAGUCCCAAGGAAAUGGAGAGGAGGAAAUAGAGCUCCCUGCCCAUGCAUGCGCGUACUGUGGCAUUCACAACCCGAGCAGCGUUGUCAAAUGUCUUUCGUGCAAUAAGUGGUUCUGCAGUGCACGUGGCAAUACCUCUUCUUCCCAUAUCGUCAAUCACCUUGUCCGAGCUCGUCAUAAGGAAGUCCAGCUUCACCCCGCCUCUUCUUUGGGUGAUACUAUUCUGGAAUGCUACAACUGUGGCACCAAAAAUGUCUUCUUGCUUGGAUUCAUUCCCGCGAAAUCCGAUACCGUUGUUGUUUUGCUAUGUCGACAGCCAUGUGCCUCUAUGCCAUCCUCUAAGGAUAUGAACUGGGAUACUUCACGAUGGCAGCCUCUUAUUGAGGAUCGUUCUUUCCUUCCCUGGCUCGUGGGAGCACCCACUGACCAAGAACAACUCCGAGCCCGUCACCUCAGUCCUCAAUUGAUUGCGAAACUGGAGGAAAUGUGGAAAGACAACUCUCAGGCGACCCUGGAAGACCUAGAAAAGGCCACAGCAGUGGAUGAUGAGCCGGCGCCAGUCCUACUUCGCUACGACGAUGCUUUCCAGUACCAAAAUAUUUUCGGGCCACUCGUCAAAAUUGAGGCUGAUUACGACCGCAAGUUGAAGGAAUCUCAAUCCCAAGAUGGACUCAUUGUGCGCUGGGAUCUUGGUCUCAACAACAAGCACCUCGCAAGCUUUGUGCUGCCCAAGCUUGAGCUGGGUGAUGUCAAAUUGGCUGUGGGCGACGAGAUGCGCAUCAAGUACAAUGGUGAAUUGCGUCCCAAGUGGGAGGGCGUGGGCUAUGUCAUCAAGAUCCCGAACAAUCAAUCUGAUGAGGUCACUAUCGAACUACGCGCCAAGGGCGACCACAAGUCAGUCCCCACAGAAUGCACGCACAAUUUUAUGGCCGACUAUGUUUGGAAAUCAACUUCCUUCGACCGCAUGCAAUGUGCUAUGAAGACAUUUGCCGUGGAUGAGCAGAGUGUCUCAGGCUACAUUUUCCAUCGCCUCCUUGGCCAUGAGGUUGCUGCAGCUCCUAUGAAGACCCAGAUUCCGAAAAAGUUCAGUGUUCCAGGCCUGCCAGAUCUGAACGGCAGUCAAAUCAACGCUGUUAAAAGUGUCCUCCAGCGACCUCUCAGUUUGAUCCAAGGCCCCCCAGGAACUGGUAAGACCGUUACCUCGGCCACCAUCAUCUAUCAUCUUGCCAAGAUCAAUGGAGGCCAGGUUCUUGUCUGCGCUCCGUCCAACGUUGCGGUUGACCAGCUCUGCGAACGUAUCCAUCGGACGGGUCUGAAGACCGUGCGAGUUACUGCAAAAUCUCGCGAGGAUGUGGAAUCUGCCGUUGGUUUCCUUUCACUGCACGAGCAGGUUCGUAUGAACGAUAGCAACAUUGAGUUGGUGAAACUCAACCAGCUCAAGGCCGAACUUGGGGAAUUGUCUAGCCAAGAUGAGAAGCGCCUGAAGCAACUUACCCGGUCUGCUGAGCGUGAGAUUUUGACCAACGCGGAUGUGAUCUGCUGUACUUGCGUUGGUGCAGGCGAUCCUCGUCUUUCAAAGGGCAAGUUCCGCACCGUCCUGAUUGACGAAUCAACCCAAUCUGCUGAGCCCGAGUGUAUGAUCCCCUUAGUUCUGGGCUGCAAGCAAGUUGUGCUGGUUGGUGAUCACCAGCAGCUUGGACCCGUGAUCAUGAACAAGAAGGCUGCCAAGGCUGGUCUAAACCAGUCUCUGUUCGAGCGUCUCGUUAUCUUGGGCUGCUCUCCUAUCCGUUUGAAUGUCCAGUAUCGUAUGCACCCGUGCCUUUCUGAAUUCCCCUCGAACAUGUUCUACGAAGGCUCGCUUCAGAACGGUAUCACCAUUGCCGAUCGUGUCCGCCGUGACGUUGACUUCCCUUGGCCCAUCAUCGAUGAUCCCAUGAUGUUCUGGUCGAAUCUGGGCAACGAAGAGAUCUCCGCGUCAGGCACCUCGUAUCUAAACCGCACCGAAGCUACCAACGUCGAGAAGAUUGUCACACGUUUCUUCAAGGCAGGUGUCCAGCCUAAGGAUAUCGGUAUCAUCACUCCUUACGAGGGACAGCGGAGCUACAUCGUCAGCUCGAUGCAGGCAAACGGCACCUUCAAGAAGGAACAUUACAAGGAGAUUGAGGUCGCGUCGGUCGAUGCAUUCCAGGGCAGAGAGAAGGAUUACAUUAUCCUUUCAUGUGUUCGUUCCAAUGAUCACCAGGGUAUAGGUUUCCUGAGCGAUCCUCGUCGCCUCAACGUGGCCCUUACUCGUGCUCGAUUUGGCCUGGUUAUCCUCGGAAACCCUAAAGGUCUUGUCUAA